UGAUUUUGCAUUUCUGGGAGAGAGACCUGUGUAUAAACAACACAGAUCUCUCCCCUGUCAGCUCCUGUACACUGCUUUGUAUGGCUCUGCAUAGCAGAGCCAUACAAAUCAGUGUGCUUACAGUGAAGCACACACACAGCACAUAAUGUGAAACAGCACACAUUUAAUCCUUUGAUCACCCCAGAUGUUAACCCCUUCCUGCCCAGUGCCAUUAGUACAGUGUCAGUUCUUUUUAUUAGCACUGAUCACUGUAUUGCUGUCACUGGGGAUGUCAUUGAAACCAAGUCAGUUCCUCCCAGUGUCAGAAUGUCCGCCACAGUCCCGCUAU